GCCAGAGCCUAGUCAAUCUAUAACAGAGGUCCAGUACAUAAUGUAGGUUCUCACAGUGUGAGCCACCAUUUACAUUCCAGCUCUGUACAGUGCACUAUUGUAAACGAGCUAUACUACAAUUACUAUACCACAGUACCACAGUGCUGGAGAGAUGAAGUUAACACUCCCCAAUCCAGGCCUGGAGGACAGGAUACUAUCCCACAAGGAGUUGGACAAGCUGGAGGAGGAAGAGGCUGGAGACAGACCAAAAUGGGACAACAAGGCCCAGUACAUGCUGACCUGUGUGGGGUUUUGUGUAGGACUUGGAAAUGUCUGGCGGUUCCCCUAUCUGUGUCAGAGUCAUGGAGGAGGUGCAUUUAUGAUACCAUUUCUGAUCCUGCUGGUUCUUGAAGGAAUACCACUUCUGCAUCUUGAGUUUGCUAUUGGUCAACGUUUAAGAAGAGGCAGUUUAGGAGUGUGGGCUACAAUUCAUCCUUACUUGACAGGCGUCGGUAUUGCAUCCAUGUGUGUAUCUCUGACGAUCAGCCUCUACUACAACACCAUCAUCGCCUGGAUUAUGUGGUACUUCUUCAACUCAUUUCAAAACCCUCUGCCCUGGAGUCAAUGUCCCACGAAUGCCAACUUAACAGGCUUUGUCUCAGAGUGUGAGAGGAGCUCCCCUGUGGAUUAUUUCUGGUACAGGGAGACCCUGAACGUAACUCCACGGAUUGAAGAUGAUGGCGGUCUGCAGUGGUGGAUAGUGUUAUGUCACAUUUGUGCGUGGUCUGUGCUCUACAUCUGCAUCAUUCGUGGUAUUGAGACCACUGGGAAGGCUGUGUAUGUGACUUCAACCCUUCCCUAUGUGGUGCUGACAAUAUUUCUGAUCAGAGGACUGACCUUGAAGGGCUCUUUGGAUGGAGUAAAGUUUCUCUUCACACCCGAUUUAGCAGAGCUGGCAAAGCCAUCGACAUGGCUUGAUGCAGGUGCUCAAGUUUUCUAUUCCUUCUCUCUGGCUUUUGGUGGUCUUAUUUCCUUCUCCAGUUACAACUCAGUGCAUAACAACUGUGAACAGGAUGCAGUAAUCAUCUCUUGCAUUAAUGGUUUCACCUCCGUCUAUGCCGCAACUGUCAUUUACACCAUUAUUGGCUUCAGAGCAACAGAGAGAUUUGACAGCUGUCUUUCUGGAAACAUCUUAACAUUACUAAAUGCAUUUGAUCUUCCUGAGGGCAACGUCACCGGCAGCAACUACGAUCAGGUUUUUCAGCAUCUUAAUGAAACACACCCUGAUGUAAUUCAACAUCUGGAUCUAAAGACCUGCAACUUAAAUACUUUUCUCAGUGAGGGAGUUGAAGGAACUGGUUUAGCCUUCAUUGUGUUCACUGAGGCUAUCACAAAGAUGCCUGUCUCACCAGUGUGGUCGGUCCUUUUCUUCAUAAUGCUCUUCUGUCUCGGCCUGUCUUCCAUGUUUGGUAACAUUGAGGGAGUUGUAGUACCACUGCAAGACCUCAAAGUUUUUCCUAAGACAUGGCCAAAAGAAACUAUCACUGGUAUAACAUGCAUUAUCUGCUGUCUGGUGGGACUGAUAUUUCUUCAAGGCUCUGGGAACUACUGGCUUUCACUCUUUGACACCUAUGGAGGAUCCAUCCCUCUACUAGUUGUUGCAUUCUGCGAGAUGGUCUCAGUGGUGUACAUAUAUGGGAUAGACAGGUUCAAUGAUGAUAUUAAAUUCAUGAUUGGACACAAACCCAACUUCUUCUGGCAAGCAACGUGGAGAGUAAUCAGCCCACUUAUUAUGUUUGUCAUCUUGGUCUUUUACGUCGUCACCAAAGUUUCUGAAAAGCUCCUUUACAAAGCCUGGGAUCCUGAAUCGGAGAAAUUCCCAACAUUGGAGGACAAGUCAUAUCCAGCCUGGAUCUAUGUGAUCAUCUUUAUAUUGGCAGGGAUACCCUGUAUUGCUAUACCUUCAGUUGCCAUCUGGAAAUGUUUUAAGACAAAGAGGGAUAAGUCACAUCUCGAAUUGGACGAAGGAACCAGAAAGGCUUCAUCCUAAUAUUUUUGUAAAAUUCAAAUGUUUAUUUUUCCGUAACAUUUUAAUUAUUUAUCAUCGUUUAAUCAACGCAAUUUUAAAAUAGGAGGCAGAACUCCCCCUUUCCUGCAGCCAUCUGCGACAGCAUGUAAAGCUCUUACUGCUUAGCAGUGAAUCAGGUGACAAUACAAUAUGAAAAGUGGCAAAAUUAUACAGUAGCAUAAGACUUUGUGUUUACUUUUAAGACAUUCUGUUUCCUGUUUAUUAAAAUAUUUAUUCCACAACAGUAGCAUAUUGGCUUACUCUGCUAUAAUUUAUAGAGUAGUGAUGUGGCUUUCUGCACGGCAUCAGGGCAUCUGUCGUAUAAAGAGAUUGCUACACCUAGAGGAAUGCUGCUAGCAUGGAUAAACACACCAUACAUUAUGGCCUCAAACAAUAUUCAUGACAUCUCUUGACAUUCCCAAGAAUUUUUUCAAUGAUUAUCUUCAUAAAGACAAUAUUACUAUUAUGGAUUUUAUUGUGAUUGUGAUAUGAAUGAUAUUAUGUCUAUCACCUUUUUACUUUUAGGAACAUGGUAUGCACCACUGAGUGCAAAAUAUCCCAAUUAUUAUGAUGAGGCCCUUGCAGUGUGUUUGCAUCAUUAUUCUUGAGCUCCAUUGCAUAGAGAUUCCAAACAAAUUUGUAUUUUGUGGAUCUUAGUAUGAGCCCACAAAAGAUUUCUGUCCCAAGGCCCAGUGGUGGGUUGAUGCUUCAGUGGUGUGAUUUGGCAGCUAGUCUUCCAUGUGAAUUAAACAAUUACAUUUUGAGAGUGGGAGAAGAUGCAGAGGGAAGCUGACUUUUAGCCAGGUAAUGAAGGUACACCUAUCUGUCCAGCUGGGGUCACUAUUGUGACGUGUUAACAGUGUGGAGUGUUUGAGAACUGAAUGAAAUAUUGAUUAAACCAGCUAUGUAUUGUUAUUUUUAACCCCUUAGUUUCAUCAUUUGCCUAUAAUAUGUCAAGUAAAUUGUACUUUAUGAAUGAUUUACUUUGUGUUUUCCAAUUUCCACUUAAGAAUAAUGGACGUGACUGAUAGUACCUGUAUGAAUAUGAUAUAGAAUAGAAAUUCAGUGGAAGGAAUUUUGAAUAGUGUUUUUGGUGACUAAGUCUGAUAAGGGAUUCCAUACACAUAUUUUUUCCAGUGUAAGUGGUGUUUGGUAUUACUGCUGACUGAAAUAAUGUACUGUAAUGUAAACUGUAUCACGUAACAAAUUAAAAAGGCAUGUGUACUAUCACA